AUGGGAAUAAAUGCGAAAGCAUCGGAUUUGCAUUCGAUUGUUAUGUGUACUGCAAAAACUGAGUCGAUUUAUAUACGUUCAAAUUUAACGGAACGAUUAUUUGUUUAUUUUGGCUUUGUUCUUUUGGUGAUUGAUCUUCUUUAUAAUAUUCCAUCGGCUAGUCCUUAUGUUUAUAUUCAAACAAUUGGUUCAAUAUCUAUUGAAUUUGGUGAACUUUCAGCUUAUUUAUUUCUUUGGAAAAGUUCCAAAAGUGUUAUUAUCGUUUCAUUUCUUUCAUUUAGUAUUGAAUUUAUUUUACAUAUAAUACAUAUAUCACUUGAAUAUUAUUCAAAUGAAAAUAAAAAUAAUAUAUUUGAAUUUGGAAAAACAACUUGUGGUAGAAUUAAAUAUGUUGUCAUGCGUUCAAUUAGUUAUACAAUUUUUAAUGUAACAUCGAUAUUCUUUUUAUUUCUUGAUGAUAAUGGAAGAUUUCAUUAUAAAUUCUAUGAAAUUCUCGUACUACUCACAUUCGAUUUUCCAAGUAUUGCGUUAAGUUCAGUAUUGGAAUCAACAACAAAAUAUAAAUAUGAAUAUGAACAAAACCAAAUACCAAAAAUAACAAUUUUUCUUAUUUAA